CUGAACUAAAUAAAAAUGAAAUAAUUCUGAUUCAACAAAGGAAAGUUAUUAAUAAGCUAGCUCGGUGACUGCCAGAAUACUCGAAAAAAACGAGUAGCCAAUAGUUUGGCAAAUUACUUAGGUGAACGGAUUUCCGAUGCUCUCCGGUAUCUUCUAUCAUUCCAAAGUAGAAGCUCAAUUUAAUGGAAUGAUAGCUGAGGAAUGGUUGGAUGUUUCUAUGAUAAUUUUGACCUCACGUUAGUUUCCAAGUCUGUACUUGUCGGCUAGCAUUACACAACGACCUACAACGAAAAGGUUACAGAAAAGGACUCGUUUUGUUUCUUCACAACUCGCCAAUUAUAAAAAGAUAACCUGGACUAUUGCUAAGAAAUAGAUGGCUGCAUCUACAGGCGUUGUUAUCGCUUUUAUUCUUUCCUUCAUCCACCAUGUUGAGUCUGACUGUAAUCUUGCCUUGGGAAUGGCCACGGGCGACAUCCGGGACUCUCAGAUUACUGCCUCGUCUUCUAACUCGGUGUGGACGCAGCCUUUUGCCGGCAGACUCUGGAACGAAAGACGUAUUCAGCACCAGACCUUUGGUGGUUGGUGUGCGAUGGACUGGGACGAUAAUCCAUACUUGCAGAUUGAUUUCGGCCAAGAAACAGUGAUAACAGGCGUGGCCACGCAGGGCUUAGACUAUCCACUGGGGAACUGGGUCAAAAAGUAUUCGUUAAACUACAGUUGUGACGGCGGAGUGAGCUGGAAAACAUAUCAAACUUUUGACAAACACACGGCACUAAAGGGAAACAGCGAUGACAAUUCCGUCGUGACAAACAAGCUAGAUGAGGCUAUCAUAGCACAAGUGAUAAGAAUCAGAGCAUUGGAAUGGAAUGCACACGGCACCGCGUGCAUGAGAGUAGAAGUUUAUGGAUGUAGCACGAAAGACGGUCGCUACAAGGACUGCCGCGCUGCAGCAGGAUUGGAGAAAAGGCAAAUACCUGAUGAACAGGUUUCUGCGUCCAGUUUUAUCAAGGGACACCACCCGUCACAAGGCAGGCUCAAUAACGAGGUCAAACAAGUCAAUGGUUCUACAUUGUGGGGGAGCUGGUGUGCAAAGACUGAUGAUGUGUUCCAAUACAUACAGGUCGACUUAAAAAAGGUUCGAAACAUCUCUGGCGUUGCGACUCAAGGUUCUUCGAUGGGGACCUGGGUAACAGAAUAUACGCUAAAUUACAGUUUGGACGGCUUACUGUGGGAAACCUACAGCAAUCACUCUGGGAAGGCGAAGGUGUUCCGUGGAAACUGGGACGAGAUGACAGUUCACAAGAACAUGUUUGAGCGGCGAAUCAGAGCUCGUUUUGUUCGAUUUAACCCGAGGGCCUGGAGACUACUCGGUCAAAUAUGCAUGAGGGUGGAAAUUUACUUGUGCCAGGUUUACCAAGGAUGUUCCAGGACGACAGACCCAAAAACGACGGCUGCAGUGUCCUCAACAGAUCAGACACAAACUGGUACAGAAACUGUCGCGUCAGGCAAGACAAUAAACACGUUUACACAAACGGAAAACCCGAGAUUUUCAAAGGAAGUCAGGGGACUUUACACAAACGGAGUUAGUAACACAGUGACUUGCACCGCAUGGCCAGCGACUGUAUGGUUAAUACUGGUUACGCUUCUGAUGGAAUAGCUGGUACAGGUGCAUUGGCUCGAGUCGUUCCCAGACUUCCGAAGAUGACUAGCGCUACGGAGCUCGCUUUCUGAUAAGCGGCGAACAAGCGGCAAAGCAAUGAAUUGAUCAUAAAAGC